GCUCAGUCGCGAAGUAGGACCCUAUUUGUAUGUUGUUAUGGAAUGAACGGGAAACCUCAAUGAGGAAAGAUGCCCGACGAGGGGUCUGUUGAAAUUUUAGUAGGCUUUUGAUGAGUGACAAAGCCAAUGGUCUUCCGAAAAAAGGUGUUGCCAACGAUAGAGAGAAAAGAAAAUGUAGGUCAAGGGUGUCGAUGAGGGUGCCAACGAUAGAGAGGGUGUCGAUGAGGGUUGAAUAAGUAACGAUGUGAUGUAUGACCCCUAUACCAUCCAGAUAGGUGGUUGUAUCCGCGCGCCUCUGCAGGCCCCAUCCCCCUGAAACGCUUCUCUUUUAUAUCUGAUAGUUUUUGUGAUAAUCUCAUCGUCGUACUGUUGUUGAUGACGUUGUAAAUGCAUGGAGCACUUCCUUACUUCUUCUACGACAAGGCGUCGCUUGUCGUUUUUUGAUCCGUGAUUUCUCGAGGAUACAAAUGAAACCAUUGUGUGUGGUUUUGAUUUAUCGGAACUCGCUCGCACUACAAAAAAAAAAAAGUUGAAGUGAAUUCACUUGGAUUGUGUAUGGCUCUUGUAGGAAAGCAGUUACAAAUAUAUGAUAGUGCUUGUAAGAAUUAGGAUCAAGCAAAAUGGAUUUAGACACGGAAGCUUCAAAAAACUCCUCGACGACCUCGGAGAAAGAGGGUCGGCAACCCGAGCGCGCGCCUUCAUUGAUGCGCCUCGACCUGAAACAAGAUUUGCCGGAGGAGAUCCGUCAAGAUGGUAAACGGCGGAGGACGUCAGAGAGAGGACGCAUUUGCCUAAAUGGUGGCGAGCCGAGACUGCAGCGAUUGGCUAGGUGCUUCACGGAAAGCGGGCAUCGCGGAAAUGAUACCACUUCAUCGGCUCUAUCCAGAGGGAUUCGCGAAUGUGAUAGAGAUCAAUAUGUCUGGAUGUUGGAUGGCGACUACAAUGUUAAAAAAUUCAAAGAUGGCUGGAUGAGCAUACUGGACGGAUGUGACAAGUCGCUUGUAAAGCAGCUGCGGCACGCCUCAGCUUCGAAUCAGUCAGAUGAUGCGAUACAUAAACUUUUUCUAUGCCCGAUCAAACUAAGUAACUCGUUACGAAGAAAAUUACAAAGGCUUCGAGAAGUGCUGCCUCCGCAUCGAUAA